CCUCGUGUGUGUUUGUGGUGUUGUAUGUUACGCUGUCUCCAGGAAGGAUUCUUCUUCUUUCACAAAAUCCGCUCUCUCUCAAAAUCUGUCUUCGAGUGUGAUUUGUGAAUGUGUGAUUGAAUUUCGCUUUCAUUAGCCGGAGAUCGACAGGAAUUGACGCGACUGAGUUUUACGAUACUCAAUUUUACGUUUCCGGUACCGAAAUUGGGUGGCGUUAUGUGAAUGAUCAAGGGAGAACCAUUGCUAUGGUUCCUAAGGAACAACACAUAGGCGGUCAUAUUGAUUAUAAGAUGCAGAGAAUUGAAGAAUCCUCAACAGUUGUUCGUCACACUACUAGGAGAAGGGUUCGGAAGAUCCUGCAAUGUGAAAAUCAUUUGCUCAAGUCAAAGAGGGGAAAAAGGCGAAUGAAUAAAUCAUACCCUGUUAAGAUAAAAACUUCAUCCAAGAAAAUAAAGUUAACCCGAGAACUGGAAUUCCCAAUGGAGGGCAUGGUAAUUCCAAAGAAACGUAGGAGUGCCUUGAGCAUAAAAAAGUGUCUUACUGAUGUAGAAAUGGAUAAAAAGGAAGAUACCACAAUGACCCAAAGAAGCUUAGACGAGAAAUUGUUGAAUCUUCAUGGUUCCAUGACUACUUCCUCGUGUUCUUCUUCUUCUUCGUCUUCUUCUUCUUGUUUGUCACUUUUUGUGUAUAGUAGAGGCUUUGAUAGUGGUCACAAACGCAGGGUGAGAAAUGUCAAGGUUAAAAAAGACAAUCAUCGAAAGUGUCAUCAGUGCAUGAGAAGUGGAAGAAAACCUGUUGUUGUUUGCAAAAACUGUGAAAAAAAAGUAUAUUGUACUCAAUGUAUCCAACAAUGGUAUCCUCGGAUGUCUGUAAAAGACAUUUCGAAGUUAUGCCCAUUUUGUAGUAAAAAUUGCAACUGCAACAUGUGUUUGCAUUCUAGUGGGUUGAUUAAGACAUUGAAGAGGGACAUUAGCCGUAGUAAAAAAGAGAGACAUUUGCAUCACUUCAUCAAAUCAUUGCUUCCAUUUCUAAAACAAAUAUGUGAAGAGCAAGCAAUGGAGACACGUACAGAAUCUGCCAUAAGAGGGAUAUCACAUGCAAACUUUGAGAUUCCACAGACGGUUUGUUAUAAUGAUGAACGGGUCUACUGCGAUUAUUGUGCAACUUCAAUUGUUGACCUACAUCGCAGUUGUCCGAAAUGUUCUUAUGAACUCUGUCUCAGAUGUUGUCAAGAAAUUCGAGAAAGGGGUUUUUCAACUCGUGCUGAACUAACGUUCCAAUAUGUGAACAGAGGCUUCGACUAUAUGCAUGGUGGAGAUCCUCUAGCAAAUUAUUGUCACUCUGAAAGUGCUCAAAUUUAUAUUGAGCCAGUGAUGUGGAAUGCUGAGAAUGAUGGAAGCAUCACCUGUGCCCCUAAGGAGCUGGAUGGUUGUGGGGAUUGUGUGUUGGAGCUCAAAUGUAUUCUACCCUUGGGGUGGAUUUCAAAACUGGAAAAUUCUGCGGAAGUUUUGUUGAGGAAGAGCAGUUCUGGGCAGAGACUCUUAGCUAGCAAAUGUGACGAGGAUGGAAAAGAAAUGUUGCAAAGGGCCGCUUCUCGAAAAUCAUCUAAUGACAACUACUUGUAUUAUCCUACUUGGAGCAGUACUCAAAAGGAUGAAGGGCUUCUGUGUUUUCAAAAGCAUUGGGAUAAAGGUGAGCCAGUUAUAGUUCGUGACGUUCUCGAAGCAACAUCCGGUUUGAGCUGGGAACCGAUGGUCAUGUGGCGUGCAUUAUGUGAAAACAUGGAUCCAUUGACUAGCUCUAAGACGUCCGAAGUGAAGGCUAUUGAUUGCCUAGCUUGUUGUGAGGUGGAGAUAAACACCCGCCAGUUUUUUGAAGGCUACACGGAAGGAAGAAGAUACGUUAACUUGUGGCCUGAGAUGCUAAAGUUGAGAGACUGGCCACCUUCUGACAAGUUUGAAGAUGUUUUGCCCCGCCAUUGUGAUGAAUUUAUCAGUGCAUUGCCAUUUCAAGAGUACAGCAAUCCGAGGGAUGGUGUGCUCAACCUUGCUGUGAAGAUUCCAGCCGGUAUCUUGGAACCAGACAUGGGUCCCAAAACUUAUAUUGCUUACGGUGUUUCGGAAGAGCUAGGAAGAGGGGACUCUGUCACAAAGCUUCACUGUGAUAUGUCAGAUGCAGUGAAUAUACUGACACACACAGCAGAUCCAAAAUUAAGUGAAGAGCAAUGCCUUGCCAUUGAAAGAUUGAAGAAGAAACAUGAAGAACAAGAUGAGAGAGAGCAUCAAAUGCAUGAUUGGUUAAUGCACCCCUCUGAAUGUGAUGAAACACAGAAAAUCUCUGAUGGUGAGAUGGGAUCUAGAUUCUCCAAUUGCUGCAAAGAAGAAAAUCCCGACAAGACCGUCGGUGCUUUGUGGGAUAUUUUUAGAAGGGAGGAUGUUCCCAAGUUAGAGGCCUACCUUAUAAAACAUUGUAAAGAAUUUAGGCACUCAUACUGUUCCCCAGUAUUAAAGGUCUUUCAUCCAAUCCAUGAUCAAUGCUUCUAUCUUAGUUCGAGGCACAAACAACAGCUGAAAGAGGAAUAUGGAGUGGAGCCAUGGACCUUUCACCAAAGGAUUGGAGAGGCUGUAUUUAUUCCGGCGGGGUGUCCACACCAAGUUAGAAAUCUCAAGUCUUGCACGAAAGUGGCUGCGGACUUUGUCUCCCCGGAGAACAUUGGAGAGUGUCUCCGCCUCACUGAAGAGUUCCGUCGACUUCCUGUGAAUCACAGGGCUAGAGAAGACAAGCUUGAGAUUAAGAAAAUGAUAGUUUAUGCGAUUGACAAAGCCAUCGAGGACUUGCAAGCAAUUUUGUACGAACCCAGUAACAAGUAGUUAGAGGAAGUCGCUUCAUCAUGCUUUCUUCUUCAACACCGGAGAUGCCGCUUCAUAAUAAUUUGAUGAUUUAUUGUGCUACUUUGAUUUACUGUGCUGGUGUGCAUUACAAACAAAAGAAAUAAGGAAAAGCAUAGUAGAAAUAAAAAUGUAAACAAUACUCAAAGAUCAAUUCAUUUUCCUUUACAACCACCAUUAACAAAUCUUUUUAGGAA